AUGUCAAUAAUUUUUUUUCUAUUAAACAUCAUAUUUUUACUGGGACUCCUAGGCUUAUCCAUUCACCGAACUCACUUUAUAUCUAUUUUAAUUUGUCUUGAAGGCAUCAUAUUAAUUCUUUUCUUAAUAUUAGCCAUAUUCACAACCUUUACAAACACCCCAACUACUGCCAUAUUACCUAUUUUACUUCUAGCACUAUCUGCCUGUGAAGCCAGCACUGGUCUUGCCCUCCUAGUCGCAACUUCCCGAACACAUGGAACAGAUCAUAUAAAAACCCUAAACUUACUAAAAUGU